CUGAAAAAAAGGGAGGAUCUGGAAGAUGAUUUUUUGAAUUGUACUCCAGAAGAUCUUCUUCGAUUUGAUGAUUACAACCAUGAUGGUUACCUAACUCUGCAGGAACUCUAUACUGCAUUCCAGGUGGUUCAACUCAUACUCCCUGAAGAGCAGAAUGUCAGCAUUACCACAGUCACUGUUGGGCUAAGCACUGUAUUGACUUGUGCUAUACAUGGACCUCUGAGACCUCCAAUCAUCUGGAAGCGCAAUGGCAUCGUGUUGAACUUCUUGGAUUUGGAAGAUAUCAAUGAUUUUGGAGAAGAUGACUCUCUCUACAUAACCAAGGUAACAACUAUUCACAUGGGCAAUUACACGUGUCAUGCCUAUGGCUAUGAAGAAUUGUAUCAGACCCACAUUCUUCAGGUGAAUGUGCCACCAGUGAUUCGUGUCUAUCCUGAAAGCCAGGCACAAGAACCAGGAAUAUCAGCGAGCCUCAAAUGUCAUGCGGAGGGCAUUCCAAAUCCCAAAAUGUCCUGGCUAAAAAAUGGCAUGGCUAUCGCACCAAAAUUAUCCAAGCAGCUCCUUUUUUUAGCAAAUGGAAGCGAACUCCACAUCAGCAGUGUUCGAUAUGAAGAUACAGGGGCCUAUACUUGCAUUGCUAAAAAUGAAGUGGGGGUAGAUGAGGACAUUUCAUCUCUCUUCAUUGAAGACUCAGCAAGAAAAACCCUUGCAAACAUACUGUGGCGAGAGGAAGGGCUCAGUGUGGGAAAUAUGUUCUAUGUCUUUUCGGAGGAUGGAAUCACAAUCAUUCAGCCAACUGACUGUGAGAUCCAGAGACAUAUCAAACCAAAUGAGAAAGUGUUCACCAGUUAUGCAGAUAUCUGUCCUAGUCUUGAAGGUGAAGCUGUUCAAUCUUGCCUCUGGGCUUCUGCUGUCAAUGUCAGAGAUAAAUAUAUUUAUGUUACUCAGCCUAAGUGGAACAGAAUAAUGAUCCUUGAUAUCCAGACACAGAAAAUCAUUCAGUCUCUGGGUGUUGAUCCUCUGCCAGUGAAGUUACAUUAUGAUAAGUCACAUGACCAAAUAUGGAUACUUAGCUGGGGGGAUAUGAAGAAAUCCCAUCCCACAUUGCAGGUAAUACCAGAAGCAAGUACAGGAGAGAACCAGCAGAUCAUCUGUACCCACCUGAAUGGAAUGGAUGAUUAUUUUAUUCCACCUACAAAUCUGAUCAUCAAUCACAUCAGGUUUGGCUUCAUCUUUAAUAAGUCAAAGGCUGCAGUUCACAAAAUUGAUCUGGAAACCAUGGCUUAUAUCAAGACUAUCAGCUUUGGAAACUACAGCUGCCUGCCCCAAGCCAUGGCCUACACCCACUUGGGGGGCUAUUUCUUUGUGCAGUGCAAAGCAAAUACAUCCAUGCCAAGAAUUCCACAGCUUAUAAUUGACAGUGUUACAGAUUCUGUUAUUGGCCCCAAUGAUGACAUAUCAGGUACUCCCUACAUCUCUCCUGAUGGACGCUAUUUGGUCAGUGCAGAUGAAGAGAGCAGGAGGAUCAGAGUCCAGGCCAUAACAGUCCAAGGAGAAAUCAAGUUGAUCUAUGACUUACAAACCACUAUGUGCAUAUCUCAUCUGACAUUCCAGUCCUCUUUCACUGAAGCCAAUCAGUAUUAUAUAUACGCUUCUUCACAUUUGCAAGCAGAUGUGCUUUUUGUUGAGUUGUCAACAGGGAAAAUGGACCUCUUGAAGAACUUAAAAGACCCUAUCAAAUCUAAAGACUGGCCCUGGAACAGCUACAACAGAAUUAUCCAAGACAGUGGAUUAUUCGGUCAAUACCUUAUAACGCCAGCAAAGAAUUCACUCUUUAUAAUUAAUGGGAGACAAAAUACAUUACGCUGUGAGGUUUCAGGAAUUAAGAAGGGCAACACAGUAGUUUGGGUAGGAGAUGUAUGA